UUACUCCAGAUAACUUAUGAAGGCUCUCUGGUCCAGAAACUUGCCAAAGUUACACUGAAAAGAAGUCUGGAGGAUGCGGAGGAGCUCCAACAAGCCAAAAAACAGAAGACAGAGUUUGUGGGGGUAGAAUUCCUUAAUGUUGCAGGUGAGAAUCAAGUGGUUUUCUCUGAAGGUCAAAGCAACUCUCUGGAUGGAAAAAAGAAGAAGCAUAAGGCUAAGUACUGUGGGGCAGGAUUGGUCGACAUUCCAAUAAAAGAAGUUUCAUGUGUCAAGGUUUUGACUGAGGAUGGGGUUUCUCAACAGUUCGUUUUCUCUGCUGAAGGGCUUGGUGGCCAGCCUCAAAGGGCCACCAAGUCACCAUGAGUCUCAUAUGCUGGAACUAUCAAGGGCUUGGGGCGCCCUUAACAGGCAAGAAUCUGAGAUUCUUGUGUGGAAAAUAUAAGCCCUCCCCGGUGUUUCUUAUGGAGACUAGGGUUCAUGUGAGGAAGGUGGAUCGUUGUCGCAGGAGUUUGGGUUUUCAGAACAAAGUAUACGUGGAACCAGUGGGUAUAGGGGGUGGUUUAGCUCUCUGGUGGAGAGAGGGUAUAAACCUAGAGGUGAUUUUAGUAGAAAGCAACAUUAUACAUGUCAAGGUUGUGUCUGGUCUUGAACCUAUACAUGGUUUUAUCUCCUUUGUGUACGGGCCACCCACGAUACAGAAUCGAAGAACCUGGUGGAGAAGAUUGAGAGGUCUCAAUCCUAGGGAUAAUGUCCCUUGGUUAUGCUGUGGGGACUUCAACGAUCUUUUAUACAGUUUCGAAAAGGAGGGGGGUCGUACAAGACCGUUGAGAUCAUUUGAAGAGUUUCAGUCUUUUAUGUCAUCUUGUCAGCUCAUGGAUUUGGACUUCAAGGGGAUGAGAUUUACCUGGUCGAACAACCGUUUGGAAGGGGCGAAUGUAAAAGAGCGACUGGAUAGAGCAUUGUGCAAUGGAGUCUGGAGAAAUGAUUGUCCUAAUGCCCAGGUACAAAUCGUAGUGGUGUGGGCUUUGUACUGCGAGAUGCUCAGGGCCAAGUGGUAGAUCUAUUCUGCCAAAAAGGUAGAGCACUAUCAGCUUUUGAGAGUGAAGCUGAGGCGUUACAUCAGGCUA